GUCCGUCGUCUUUGUUCUCGUAAUUAGCUAGGUAAAAACGUUCCAUCGACCUGGUGGGCGGACCUUCCCCUCGGCUUUUGCUGGUUAGCUGUGCCGUUAGUGGUACUCGUCGUCAGUUAGCUAGCUAGCUUGGUUGGAAGCUGAUUUAUCCAACCGCAAAAGAUAACACGUUUGUGUGUUUACAACUUGGUUUCCAGAAGUUGAGGAACUUGGUCUGUGUGUCGACUUUUUUGAUGCUAACAAGGCGGGCUAGCUUACGGUCUGACAGACAAACUCAAGCUAACGUCGCUGAAGGUGUAGCCAAUGUAAUCAGUUUCGGGAGACUGAAAAGGUUAAACAAGUUUGUCAAGCAAUGACGUACGUUACGUUGAUUGUCCUACAGCUGAAGCCUGGGUCCACUAAACCUAUUCACUUGUAACUAACGUUAGCCGGUGCUAACUUGCUUAUUGAGCAUAUUUGAAGGUAACGCUGAGUGCCGAAAGCAACCUUGGCAGCUCCAAAGGUUGCCAGGUUAAACCAAGGACAUGUAGACGAGAAGCCUGACUUGUAAAUGCUGUCAUUGCAUUAAGAGCAUUGUAAGUAAUUUAAGGAGGGGUCAGCCCAACUGCUGAAACGCACCCACAGGUGUGUCUAUGGCCUGAGGACGACAUUCUGCCGAGGCCUGAAUCCUUGUCAACAAGUAUUGCAACUUUCCAACUUAGCUGGCAGCACAUGCAUGCUUCUCCAAUAAGUUUACAGAGCUUCCUGGCCAACUUGAGCGAGAGGAACUGAUUGUCUGCGAUUUGAAUUCCACUUCAACAGAGAAAGCAUGACAGCUGUGGUAGGCAAAGCAUGGGGGUGGCUGCGCUCAUGGGGUGGCACUGGUGUGUCAGAGAAUACCACCAUGGUGACAGCCAAGGGCCAGAUACAUGACUUCAGCAAGCAGGGCCCCAGGGGUUGGACCUCUUGGAUCUGGGGAGGGUUGAGACAAAGUGACCAAAGCAGUCCAGUGGAGGAGUACUGGGAGGCACAGGAGAAGCUUCAGCCCAUGGAAAUGAAUGUCCAGGAGACAGGGGCAAAUUCACAGCAAGUUACUAGGUGGUGGAACAAAUAUCUCCACACUUCUUACCUUCCGUGGCCAAGGAAAACAGAAGCAAGCGGACUGAGACGCAGGAAACGGGAUGGUCAGAGUGUAGAUCCGUGGGACUGUGAUGUUGAUGGGGACUUUUCUGACUACGGGACGCCUCCGCCGUCUCCUACACCUCCUUCCUUUCAACUGACAUCCCCUUUUCGACUCUUUGCGCACAGUUUGAAGGUAGAAAUCUUGCCGGAGCACUACGAGAUCUCUUUCAACUUUCUCCGCCACUUGUUUGAUCUAUUUGUGGUGGGCUUCCUGUGGACUGUGUCCCCCCCUGCCAAGCUGAUCCUGGAGGUGUUGGGGGUCCAGGGAGCGCUGAGGCUGUGGCUCCAUGGUAUGGCCAUGUUCUUUGUCUCCACAGUUGGGAUGGCAGGAUUGCUAUGGCUGAUCCAGGAGUAUCUCCCUCAGUUUGCGUUGAUUUAUGGCAUCAUCCAGGCACUGGUGAUCUCGGUCAGCGUUCGCCAGAGUGUGUUGCUCGGCGUAGAGGUAGAAAAAGAAAAAAAGGAUGACGAGGUCAUGGAGACCGAGGAACCCAAAGAAAAGCUUGUGUCUGUUAAGGACAAGGUGAAGACAAGUUAAGUUUAAGACGGUGAGAAGUUGCUGCCCAUCCAGGAGUCGUCCAACAUCAGUCCAGCUGUGUCAGACCACCUCCAGCGGGGCUGCAACCUCCGUGUUCUGCACAGUCAUUACAAAACUCCUGUCACUUUAUGUUCAACACUAUUGAUCUGCAUUUAUAGACGUCUGUCCUAACUUGGCCUUUUAAAGUUGUCACCAGAAUGUUGACAGUGAUAGCAGUACAAAGUUUAGUAUCACAAAGUACACUACUACUCUAAUGGUGGUCAGUAAUGUUAGAGGCCAUCGAUGUUCAAGAAACACACCCAGUAUUCAGGGAAUACUCUGUUGCGUUUCAUUGUGUCAGCGUUUCGUUUCUUGUCCUGUGGGACUAUUUUUCUCAUGAUUCACCACAAGGCAGUCACCCGGUUUGGGACCAGGUGACUGCCUUUGGUGCAUUCUGGGUGAGAAGAAAUGAACAACCAGAUACACCGCCUAAAUGAUCACAAACUUUAGGCAUCACCACGAGAAGGUAAGGAAUGCAAAGGGAUACAAACCACUGCAUUAACAAGAAACUGGUUAGGUGAAACAUUGUAGGGGGUCGAGAGAAGCAGAGUUUCAGCACGGGAGUCUUCACAUGGGAGGAUUUAGCAAAGGCACAGACGCUGAGAAGAGAAGCCACAGUGCGCCAGAAAUAUCCCAGUGCCCCUGAACGUCAGGACACUGACUGUAAAGCAGCAAACAGGAAACUGCUCCCACACAGACGGGCUGCUGCUGACGUUCAGGCUGUUCAGACUGUAGUCACUCAUUUCAUUCUGAAGGCCACAUUAGGGGAAUUUGGAAUCGCAUGGUUCCAGUCGAUUGGGGUUCAGCUGUGGCCACCAUUUUUGUCCCUUAAGGCACAGUCAUAUUUCACGCUCCCCAUCAAAUAUUCAUCCCAUCUUUUAAUUUAAUUCAGCUGAAGCUGGAAACGCAGGCACAUUCAGGCGUGCGUUUCCUGUUUCAGUGCCAUCUCUCGCUGUCUACAAUACACUCGCUCUGUAUUUGGAAAUGGAGAAGUGCUGUGUCAUCACCUAGUGUAGUACAAUAAUAAACUACAAACUGCAAUAUUGCUUUGUUUACAGUCUGUAAUCAAGCUGCUUAAUAUUUUUGUAUACUCGCAUCCCAUCUGUGACGUCGCAUCCCUUUCCAGAGCAGAGUGCAGAACAGAAGGCUGAUGUGAACGGACCUUUUUAAUGGAGCAAAUCCCAAUGUGGUCAAUGGUGGGAAGCCUGAGAGGUUGUUAGUACUAACCUGUCAAUAAGCGCACACACACAACAGAAUAUAGUGCAUUAAAGCCAUACUAUCUCCCUCACUCAGCAUUGACCUCCAACUUUGUUUCUUCAAAAUAAAAUGUGUAUUUUGAGA